AUGCAGAUCCGCGUCGACGACUACCGCCGCCCCUCAGGCCCUAGUCAAUGCAGUGUUUGCCAGCGAUUCAACCACGAACAGCACUGCGCCAACUACAAGGGCUGCAGUGCCUACAAAAAGGAAAGCCGCAGGCACCUUCCACCCCAGGUCCGCAAAGCACGCGAACAGCAGUCUCGCCGCGACAUCCGCGAGAACAGACGAGCCGCGACACAGCCCGCGCCCCAGCAACAACCCCCACCGGGCUUCUUCGGUCCCCCAGGCCCCCAACCAUGGGGCCCACCGAGGCACCACCCGCCCCCGGGCUUCACUCAGUUCACCAACAACAGGUUCGAGGCACUGACACACCACGGUGUACCCAGCUACAACGAGCUGGACUUCCCUGUCGUCGCCAACAAUCCCUGGCAGCGCAGGCCGCGACAAAAGCAGCCAAAGAAAAACUGGGCGGGCCACAAGAACGGCAAUGGCAAACAACAACAACAACAACAACAACAACAACCGACCCCAGCUUUCCCAGCUGCCCCAGCUGCCCCGGCCAAGGAAAAACCCGCCGCGGCCCCGCGACGAACGACUACAUCAUUUUCUACUAAUGGCAAAGGAAUUGUACCCGCCUCUAACUUAGAUAGAAGAUACCACAUAGAAAAACCAAUUUUACAUUUAGUAUUGUGUCUUCUCUUGGGGGUUGCUUUUGGUGACAAUUCAGAGUCUAAAAACACUUUGGUGAAGGAGAAGUUGAAAGCGUACAAGUUCCCCCCCUGCAGGGCUUGUAAAAUUCUUGCAACAUCAUUUCAAAAGCAAAUGGACAGAACUUCUCGUGGCAAAUUUGAAGGUGGAGAUACUGCUUGGGAGGAAGAAAAAUUGGGAACAUAUGCACGUAGUGAAGUGCGUCUUAUUGAGAUCCAGGAGAAAAUUUGUGCAGAUGUCAAAGAGGGAGAAGAUCAAUGUUUGUUUUUGGCAGAAGAAAAUGAGCAUGUCCUUGAAGAUUGGUUUUUUCACAAACAACUGGAAGAACCUGAUGUUUUAAACUAUUUAUGUAUCAAUACACUUAAAGUAUGUUGUCCAGAUGGCACUUAUGGUGUGGAGUGCAAGCCAUGUCCAGGAUUUCCAGAGAAUGUGUGUAAUAAAUGUGGAAAAUGCCAGGGUUCUGGAACAAGGAAAGGCAAUGGAAAAUGUGUUUGUGACGAUGGAUACUCAGGCGAUUUCUGUAGCUCAUGUGCAGAGAAUCAUUUUGAAUCAUAUCGGGACAAGGAUAAAUUACUCUGCUCACCUUGUCAUACGUCAUGUAGUGGGACGUGUACACAGGCAGGAACCAAAGGUUGUAUUGCAUGCAAGCCUGGCUGGCUCAUGGAUACUGAAAGAGGAUGUGUUGAUGUUAAUGAAUGCUUGGGAGAAACAUCAGUCUGCAAGAAGGAUCAGUUUUGUAUCAACACUGAAGGCUCCUAUUCUUGUUUAGAAUGUGACAAAUCAUGUGCCAGUUGUCAAGGAGAUGGACCAGAUAUGUGUGAAAAAUGUGCAGAGGGCUAUACACGGAAAGAUAAUUUUUGCAUCGAUGAACAAAAGCUGUCUCGUGACACACAUGUAAAUUUAACACGCUACCUGACUUAUUUUGGCCUGUGCAUUGCUACGUGCAUUAUUUUUCAAAAAAAUCCUCUUAUGGCAAGUAUAAUAGGACUGUGUGUAGCUUUGUAUAUAUCCAUUUCAGAAUAUAUGGUGAGAACUAUGUCGGAAGACAAUGGUUUGCCUGGACUGGAUGUUAACAAAGUUCUAGGAACAUAACUAAUGGAUGACCGUUAAGUGGAAAAAGUUCAAGCAUUUAUUUGUGACCAAAUUAGAUUCCUUUUUGUUAGCUAUUUAUUUACUUAAAUCUAUGACUAUUUGAAUGGGUACAUUGUGAUUUUUCUUGCAUUUUCCUUGGACCAAAAUUUAAAAUAGUAAAUUGUUUUACCCUUGUUUAAAGUUCUAAAUGUUUUUCUUGUAAUAGUGUCAUGUGUCUGUUAUAUUUAACUGUUUUUCAUGAUCAAUGAUUGUGUUUGUUGUUAAUAUUGUUAUUUCUUAUUUGUGAGUUAUAAAUAAAAAGAAAAAAACAA